AGCCUUACAGUCAGAUGCGGAUGCCUGGGCUCAGAGGCAGCAAGUGGGGCUAAGAUUUCAGUCCUGUCUGGGGACUUCACACUAGGAUGGCCCUGCAGUCACUGGCUCUGAGGUUUCUCCUGGCCUUUGCAUCUCUACUGUCAGCACAUGGCCAGGAUGAUUUUUUCAACAUCCAAAUAGUGCCCCAGGGAACAGCUAUGCCAGAAAUGUGCCGAAGGCCCCUGUGGGACUCCACACUCCAGCUGGUGCCAGACCAGCAGAAUUAUAAGAAGAAUGAUGAAGUGAUGCUGAGCUGCCCUGAAGGUUUCCAACCAUCCUUCAGCCAUAUCAAAUGUUCUAGUGAAGUCCAGUCCUUCACUCGUGGGAAGCCUGUAUACAGAGAAGUGUGGACUGGAAGAAACUCCAGAGGUGUCUGGGUCCGCAUUCGGUCCAGCGUGGAGUGCAGUGAAGUCCUCCAGGUUGACCCUGAGACCUUUGAGAUUUCCAGCACCAGCAUCAAACUGAACUGGACCUGCAGGUUCCCUGAUGCCUGCCAGGGCAUGAGGGCCAUGUGCCGGCUGGCAGCGCCUUCCUCCCCUCCCUGUGAGGCUGAGGAGGUGAAGGGAGAGCAGAUGUUACAUGGCCAGAAGGGAACAUUCACCUGCUCCCCUCUGCAGCCCUUCACUGAGUACAGUGUCACCAUCGACUUGCCCCCCAACACAACCCUUUUCUCAUGGUUGUUCACGACAGAGGAAACAGUGCCGGACAAACCGCAGCAGCUGUGGCUGGAUGCCGACAGGGGCUCUCUCCGCUGGAACUCGCUGCCCUCCUGCAACGGGGAGAUCAUCGGAUACCAGCUGAGCAUCACAGCCCGGAGGGCGGGGGACAGCAGCGUGCUGGAGACGGAGCGGCUGCGCCUCAAUGGCUCGGUCACCGAGCAGCGGCUGCCGGAGCACAGCCCCGGCAGCAGCUACACCGUGACGAUCCAGGGGCUGACGGCUGCCGGAGCCGGGCCCGCGCUGAUGAGGGACUUUGACAGCGACAGCUCCGGUAAGCCGCGCUGCGCGGCCGUGGCGGGAGCCCGGGCACAGACGGAGCAUGAGGAAUGUUGA